CCUCAAUUUAUGACGCUCUGAAAUAAGCACUUUAUUUGGUCUUUUGAUUUUGCUCAAUAUUAUUCUCAGAGAAACCAAAGAUGACUGAUGUCAGAUUGACAAGGGAUCCGACUGAGAGGAGACUGUCCAUAUGUACCAAUGGGCUAUUUGUUUGUCAGCAAAUGAGAGACAUGGGAUGGCACUAAACGUAUCUCUGGCGAAGAGCGUUGAUGAGGUGAGAGAAGCGCUCUGAGACGAAGCACGCACGCGAGGGGCAGGUUAAGUAACGUCACCGUUAUCAUGUUUUGGAUCGAGAAUAAACUGCACCUGAUACUGCAAAUGUCAAUCGCCUCCUGGUAACCAGAUAGGACGUCAUAAGUAAUUUAUCUUGAUCGAUUCAUCUUACUUCGCUUUGAUUUUUUUCUCAAUUUAUGAGCGACUUUGUUGGAUCCCACAGAUGGCGAGAGGCACCCUCCGCUGGGUUUGAUAUGGGAAUGGGAUUUACGUCAGCGAAGAUUCUAAUAUUUUGUGCAUGUAUUACAUUAGUGUCCCUGGCUGUGGCAAGAGUCUCAGCGGCAGAUGUGAAGUGUGAGAAUAUUUACAGGGACUUCUCUGACUGUGUUCUGGAGCUGGGGGAGAGCAUGGAUAACUACCAGGAGAAUGUGACCAGCGAGAUGGGAGUGGAAGCUGUGUGUAGCCACUGGGAGGCGUUCCACACGUGUGCCCUGACGGCACUGUCCGGGUGUCAGGAGGAGGUGGGCUCCAUCUGGGAGACGCUAAGAGAAGACUCCAGGAAGAUCCGCUUCCAGGGCAGCCUCUUCGACCUGUGCAGCCCUAGCUCGGCCCCAAGCCUGCGCUCGCCUCUACCCCUGCUGUUCCUGGGCUUGUUGAUCCUGGGAGGGCCCAUCUGGCCCCCCACAUAGGUGAGGGAUGCCUCUCUCCUCCUCCUCGCUUCCACCACCAUGCGCUCUCACAUUCCCCGAGGUGGGGUGAGUAGCGAGACGAUCAGUGAGUAGAGAGGGGAUAUGGAUUGAAGAUUAGGUUAGCACACAGAGCCAUGUCUCCAUGGAGACACCAUUGAUAUCUAUAGUACUGGGUAAUCAGAAGGCUAUGAUGUCACAGAGC